AUGUCAACGAUCGCCCUCAUUGGCCUCGAUUCCGUAGGCGCCUCAACGGCCCUAUCCCUAAUUCGGCGAGAAAUCCAAGCCACCAUCCUCCUCGUGGACAUCAAUACCGAACUCCAAGACGCACAAGCUGACGUGGUUAUUAUCACUGAGGGGAUGAAACCUACUCCUGGAGGAGACAUCUACGAACACGUAUAUUUCAAGACCACUGUACUGAAGAGCAUACUCAAGGAGAUGAUGCCAAUCAACCCGAACACUGUCAUCCUAGUCGUCGCUAACCCAGUUGAUCUGCUCACUACCCUGGCUCAAGAUAUCACGCGUCUGCCUAAGGAGCGAGUCAUCGGGGUAGGGACCUGUCUUGACACUUUACGGCUACAGGAGGAGGUCGUUGGGUGGCCGACUUCCCGAGGGAAGGAUGGGGUUUCAAUCGAGGAGAGGCUCGACGCGGAGGAAUUUACCCAGGGCAGGAUGAAGGCCAUUGUUGCUGGUGAGGAAGGAACGCCGUUGGAGGUGGGGGCUGUAGCCGCCGGUAUUGCGGUGGCGGUGCUGGAAGAUAAAAAGACCGUCUGGACGGUAAGUCAUCGGAGGGGUAAUAAUCGGUGUUGUUAUUCGUGGCCAGUUGUGGUGGGGAGGGAAGGGCUGGUCAGGGAGGUGGAGGUGAAGGUGAGAGAGGGAGAGAAGUGGACAUUUGAGAAGGGGGUUAUGAAGUUGGGGAUAAUGUGGGAGCAUUACAAGGUGAAGGAGUUUCACAAGGUGAAGGGGCAUGACAAGGUGAAGGAGGCCGAAGGGCCGUAG